AUGUAUUUUGAACAAUAUAGUGAUGAGGAUCAAUUUGUAGAAGAUCAACUUUUAUUAAUGCUGACAUCCCAUAAGAAACUUAAAAGGAUAUGGAAUAAUAGUAAGUCAAUAGCAAUUUACCCAAAUCCAUUGCUUGAAGAGAUUAUUGAAGACAGAAUAUCGCAUGCUGACUCUUUAGGAAUAUCUUUAGUCUUUACAUGGAGCCUUUAUGGAUAUCAAAGCGGAACCUUUGAGUUUAAUUUGAAUGUAUACAGGAUGAUAAAUCAACAAUUGAACGCUUAUAUUAAAGAGUACUUAAUUACUGCAUGCCAACGUCCUGACUUGAUAGCUUUGUUUGCAAAUUUGUCGCUGUAUUAG